UUGCUAGCUGAACAACAUGAAAACGAUGAGAACACCUGGACCGAGCAUCUGUGAAUGACGGAACCGGCUCCGCCUAAAUCCUCCGGUCUGAGGAGAGGAGGGGACGAACGCUCGACAAAGAGAGAGAGAGAGAGAGAGAGAGAGAGAGAGAGAGAGAGAGAGAGAGAGAGAGGGAGCGUCUGAUAAAGGAGGGAGGAAUUGCCGAAGAAUCAGACCAACUACGAUAAAACCCCACAGAGCCGCACCGGGGCUGAGAUUAUGACGUAGGCGCGACCCUCGAGCGUCCAGCGCAUCCGUCGCGCUCCUCGGCAACUUGGUGAAGAGACCCGCCGGUGCGCGUGAAGCUCGGGAGCCUCUUCGCCUUAUAAAGUGCAUCGGUGACGAAAGCUGUCGCGUGCGCGUAAAUUCAGCACUUGGUGCGCGAGACAGCUCCGGCGCGUCGGCUUCCCUAACUGGACUCAAUUUCAAGAACAGUUCUUUCGGCACUUUUUAGAGCACUCCGGCACGCGCAUGCACGUUAGAAGAGUCAUCCUGUUUCUUGGUUUCAUCUAACUGCUAUCCAUAGUCUGGGACCUUCACUAAAUAUGUACCAGGGGCAUUUGCAGGGGAAAGACUCUAGGGCUGCAGAUAAGACCGUUGCCAUGGUCCUGAAGGAGAUACCCAAUAAGGCGUCCUCAGAAGGCAAGCCCCUCCUCACGGUGACAAACAAGCUGGUGAGUGAGCAACAAGAGAGCCGUCCCUUGCUGAGCCCUUCCAUCGAUGAUUUCCUCUGCGAGACCAAGUGCGAUGGAGCUGCCCGCCCAGUAACCUCCAACACAGCAGUACUCUCCUCCUCUCUGGACCUGCUGGAUCUGAGUGAGCCUGGUGAGAGAAGACACAGCAAAGACAGGAAGAGCCCUCUUUCUUCUAAGGGCACACCAUACAGGAAGAAGCCCGAUGAAACAGAGCUGAUCCAAGUGGAUAUUGAACAGAGUAUACCCUGUUCCCGCACACCUGAAAAGAUUUCAUUGGACUCAGUAGCAGUUCCAUCUUCUUUGGACAAAUGGGAAGAACUCAACCCACACCCGGAGCGAAAUGGUAGCAGAAAGUGGAAACUCGAGAGAAGGCGUUCAUCAAAAAAUUCUGGCGAAUUUGUCUGGUCUAUGGAUUGCAAGACUCAGCUAGACAGUGCCCCUAGGAACUCCCUGGAGGUCAAUAAUAAAGUAGAGGCGGAAGCCGUGCCAGUAACUCAACUCAACAGGCAAUAUGUUAGUGGAAGACAUGGCCGUUUGAGCAAAGACCAAAGGUGGGGUAGCACACUCCUGUCCAGAAACCAGUCUCUGGAGGAAGAGUUUGAGAGGGCUAAGGCAGCAGUGGAGUCAGACACAGAGUUCUGGGAUAAGAUGCAGGCAGAGUGGGAAGAGCUCGCUCGCAGGAACUGGCUAACAGAGAAUGAGCGACCGCAGAUUCCCUCUAAUGUGUCUCCUUAUGAAAAGGGAUACUACUUCCACACAGAUAACCCCUUCAAAGACUGGCCAAAUGCAUUUGAGGAGGGAUUACGCAAGUCCAGAGAUGGAGACCUGCCUAACGCUGUGCUUCUUCUGGAAGCAGCUGUGCUGCAGGACCCUCAGGAUUCAGAGGCUUGGCUGGUGCUGGGAACCACGCAAGCAGAGAACGAGAAUGAGCAGGCAGCAAUUGUCUCCCUCCAGAGGUGUCUGGAGCUCCACCCCAACAACCUCCAGGCCCUCAUGGCCCUGGCAGUGAGCCUGACCAACACGGGCAUGAGGCAGGAAGCGUGUGAGGCGCUGCUGAGCUGGAUAAGGCACAACCCCAAAUAUAAGCAACUUCUGAAGAGCCGCACACACCUGCAGGCCUCACCUGGUUCAAGGAGACCCUCCUACCCUUCCGCCAUGGGAUGCCCCCUGCUGCCCGAGGUGAAGGAGCUGUUCCUGGAAGCUGCUCAGCACAACUCGGACACGAUCGACCCAGACCUGCAGACAGGGUUGGGAGUGCUGUAUAACCUCAGCUCCGAGUUCAACAAAGCAGUUGAAGCCUUCAACGCAGCGCUGUCUGUGCGGCCGGAGGACUACCUGCUGUGGAAUCGGCUGGGGGCGACGCUGGCUAAUGGAGAUCGCAGCGAGGAGGCUGUGGAGGCCUAUACCAGAGCCCUGGAGCUGCAGCCCGGCUUCAUCCGCUCGCGUUACAACCUCGGCAUCAGCUGCAUUAACAUGGGAGCUCACAGGGAGGCAGCCAGUAAUUUCCUUACGGCUCUUGGCCUGCAGAGAAAGAGCAGGAGUCGGCAGCUUUCGCACCAGGUCAUGUCUGGAAACAUCUGGGCUGCCCUGCGGAUAGCCCUAUCCAUGAUGGAUCAGCCGGAGCUCUUUCAAGCUGCUAACAUAGGAGACCUGGACUUACUCAUGAGAGCUUUUAACCUGGAUAUGUGAGAGUGGAUACCCUUUAACCAUGGCAAAUAUCCAAAGUCCUUUAUGAGAAGAACUUUGUCAGAAAAGCAACCUUUGUUUUCGCAGAGCACCUUUACAUUCCUGAGAACUGAGUGCUGAACGAUACUAUUUUACUAGAUUUGCACAUCGGUUUACGAUUACCCUAAAGAGCACAAUGCCGGGUGAAGAUUGUACAAGUAUGCCUUAGAGAAAAUAUCAGCUAGACCUGCAAUGUAACAGUGGGAACCGGAGGAAACCACAACUGAUGAGAGGAACAUAGACUAUAAAUGUGCAUUGGUUUCACAUGAAUGACUUGAUUAGACAUGUACUGUACUGCGUAGACUUCCUGUAUUGGUUCGAUUGCACUCUUUAGUUGAGAUGGUGGGGUUAUUAUAGAUUUUGGUGGCACUUAGUUCAACCCUGGACACUCCUCACCUGAUCUCUGCUGCAUCACCCCCUUUAUUUCCUGGAGCUUGCAGACCAGAUUAAAAAGCCUUACUUAUCUUGCAUGUCAAAUAAAUAAUUGAGAUGUUAUCGGUAUGAUAUCAGAUAAAAAGCCAUUCCUUGCCAUACUUUGACCUCUUGAUGCAGAAGUCUAUGUUCCAUCAAGGUCUUUUUGUGAAACAUACCACAUCUUUGAAAUGUUACGCUGAUUAUUUCACAAAAUUUGAUGCAGGGAAUUAGAUAUACUGCCCCUUUUGCCAGACUGGGAUCGACAGGAAAACAAGAAACUGCCCAAAAUAUAAGCCAAACUAUUUUGUGAGCUUCACAGUUUUAUACCCUAAUGUUGUUUCUCAUAUUGCUUGUUAUGGUUCAUCUCCAGCUUGCAUGAUGUUUUAUUUUGCUCAUCAGUGUGAACACGCAAGCGCUUCACGUCGCUUAUGCGCUUCAAGAAAAGUCCCACCUUUUAAAAUGCUAUGCAAAACCUAUAGAUUUCUUUAUGCUGCCGGAAUCAGAAGAAACGUAUAAAGCACCACAAAGCUGUAUUUGCUUUGUCACUUGUGUUUUAAACUGGUAGGUAGAAGAUCUGAUAAAAAUGGCAUUUUAAGGCUAUGUCUACAUUAAUCCAGAUACAUCUGAAAAUACAUAUUUUUUUCAACAUGUUUGGCCUUCUGUCCCCACUGAUGUGCUGUUUUUGUACUGUGAAAUAAUUUUUAGAAGAUUCUGUUGACAGUCGAUACAUUUGAACAUGACAUAAAUUUGUGGAACAAGACAUUUUCAAAUGGCCAUGUGAAAUGUUCAUUCAGAAAUGAUAUUUGAAGCAUUUUUAGUCAUGUGACACAUUGUAGCUAUAUUAGUAAUACCAACAUAUACCAACUAUGUACUAUUAACCUGCACUUUAAAGAUAAAUGUUACUUUCUGCAAAGAUGACAAAGAUGUACUAGGGAAUCAAAUCACAAGGACAGUUGUGACACCAUACAUGGAAUAGUAACUGAGUGAGACCUGCACACACCAGUAAGUCGUGGGAUAUUUUGCUAAAAAAAAAUAUUGUGCCAGAGGAAUAGCGUGAGAACUUUUUAUGUGGUCUCUCGGAUUCAUCUCAGUGAGCUGAAACACAUCAGCUCAGUCACGCAUGCACAUUAAGAUGGUUAAAAAAAUUGACAGUUCUCCUAAAAUUUCCUCACCCUAAUGUUGUCCCAAACCUGUCUGAGCUUCUUUGUUCUGUUGAACACAAUCUUUUGUUCAUUCUUCGAUAUUUUAAAGAAUGUUUGUAACCAAACAGCUGCCGGUAGCCAUUGACUUCCACAGUAUUUUUUUCCCAUACUACAUAAGCCAUUGGCUUCCAUCAACCAUUUGCUUACAGAGUUGAACCAUUUGAUUGCUACUCAAAACUAUCACUUUUCAGGGGAUUCCCAGUAAAAAUCAUGUAGCGGUGGUGUAAAAUACACGUUUUUGACAGGGUUCCCCUAAUGAAAGUCACACCCCAGGGGCUAAAUACCACAUUAUUGGGGUUGCAUCAACCUGCAGGCAUGGCAACACUGGGGUGAACUAUCACUUUUUUUCGACCUUUUACUGAGGAGGUGACUGUUGGAAAAUUCUGAGUGUGUUAACAAAAAGCCAUUUUCUAAUGUGUCUGGAUUAAUUUAGACAUAGCACUGAUUCUUAUUCAAAAAGCCUCCCUAAUCCAGCUGAGCUUUUAUUCGUAGUGUCAUAUAUUUUUAUUAUUUCCACCUAGUGCAAGAAUUUAUUUCAAAACUUGUAUCAAUGAAAAAGCAUGCAAAGCCAUUCAAGCACCCAUUAUAAAGUGUUAUCAAUUUAUUAACCGUUACUAUAUUUAUUUAAUUACUGCUCUAUGUAUUUGUUUUAUUAUUCUGUAUCCGAAUCUAUUUGGAAAGUUCUGUAUAUGCUCAUCGAUACAGUUAGAACAGGCUCGUGCUUUGUAGCUGAAUGUUACAAUAGAUACUGUAGAUUCUCUCACGCCUGAGGCCAAACCUCCCCUUUUCUAGAACUUUGUACAAUCUCAGGUGUGAUUGUCUAGAUGAACUCAUGCUCCAGAAGUACUCCUGAUGUAUGAUCGCAUGCUGAAUAUACUUAUUUUUGAAUGCUGUAGAUUUAUUUAUAUGCAUGACCUUGACAUGCCUAUUUUAAUCAAUACCCUUCAUUUCUAUGACUUAUAUAUCACUGUAAUCACAAUAUUUUGCAUUUCAAAUAUAUAUAUAUAUAGAUCUGAAGAAUAUAGCAUAUUAACUGUAAAAUAUCUACAAACAAGCAGUUUUUGCAAUGCAGUGAGUAAUCUCAACAAGACCACCUUUAUAGUCACUUAUAUUACUAUUGCAAUAGCCAGAUUUACUAAAGCCUUUAGAGUUAGAGACUCAAAUAUAUGUUAUGCAUCAUUCAGAGCUGCGUUUCUGAAUUUGUACAUGCAAACUUUCUGAAUGUUUGCCAUGGCUUUAUUAACUCUGGCCCAAUAUUUAAAAGAUAGAUGCGUAUACAAAAGUUAUCUUUUAAAAUAAAAUAUUGGAAUAGAGUUUGCCUAAGUGUUUCUGUUGCCACGAGCGCAUUAUUUUUUUAGGGGCUCAAAAAACAAAUGGUUCCACGGUUGAAAUCUCCCGUUUACGAUCUGGCAUCACCAAACACGAAAAUGGCACCGAGCAACAAUUGUGGAUUUUAUUGAACAAUCCAAACAUUAUGAGUCACAAGUAUGUUUGAACAGGUUUCGAAUGAGGAUUCCCACAUUUGCCAUGUUUGUGUUUCUAAACAAUGUAUGGAUCAGAAAAUCCAUUAAAAAAAAAAAAAUUAUAACAAACAAGUGGGCAAGUUUGUAAAGUAACUACAGAAUUGGCACACUUUUUUGCAAAAAAAAAAAAAAAAAGAUA